AUGCCGCCCGUUCUGCGCAAGCGCAAGGCGCCCGAGCCGCCCCCGGCGCCACCUGCCAAGAAAGCUGCGCCCAAGGCUACGAAGGGCGCAAAGGCCGCUCCCAAGGCGAAGGCUGCGCCUAAGAAGAAGGAGGAGAAGCCUGUGAAGGAGACGGCGGCCAAGGUCGCUGCGCCGCCUGCUGUUGGCGAUGUCAUCUCUUUGGAUGGCUUUGGUGGAGAGAUUGAGACUAAUGAUGGCGAGAAGACUACGCUGAAGGCGCUUGUUGAUGAGUCGAAGGGUGGUGUUGUUCUGUUCACUUACCCUAAGGCGUCUACUCCUGGUUGCACCAAGCAGGUCUGCUUCUUUAGAGAUUCGUACGAUGAGCUCACCGAAACUGGCUUUGCCAUCUAUGGUCUCUCGUCCGACUCGACCAAGGCCAACACAACCUUCAAGGAGAAGUACAAGCUAUCGUACCCUCUCUUGUGCGAUCCCGCCCAGACGCUCAUCGCCGCCAUUGGCCUGAAGAAGACGCCCAAGGGCACGCAGCGCGGCGUCUUCGUCGUCGACAAGUCCGGCAAGGUACUCGCGGCUGAACCUGGCAGCCCCGCUGGCACCGUCGAUGUCGUCAGGGCACUUGUUGAGGCAUCCGGUGCUGGCGAGCAAAAGAAGGAGGACGAAUCCGAGGAGGCCAAUGGCGCGGAAGCUGAGGGGAAGAAGGAUGAGAAGGAGGAGGCUAACGGAAAGGAUGAGAAGAAUGACAAGGAUGACGACAAGGCUGAAUAG